UAGGUUGGAGGAGGUUGGGCUGGUCAAUGGCAGGUAUUGAGAGCAGCCCCACUAAACAUGAUGCUCAUGGAUGUUGAAGAACAGCUGAAAACAACUUGGAAACGUCAAUGGAGGAAAGCUAUUUCAGGAGAUCCGGAGAAGCGGGUUAGGGAUCAUAUGAGUGAUCCAGGUGUACAGAAGAGGAUCAAACUGUAUGAUACUGCAUCAUUCACGCUUGGUGUCAGCACAGUUUUGUUUGCAGAGUAUCUUCUUCUAGUUUACCCGCAGUUCUUUCCAAUCUUUUUCCUCAUUACCUUCUCCAUUCUCAUUCUUUUGAGGUACUUGACCUACAAACCAAUAAAGCAUCACUUCUUUCUCUUGGAUUUCUGCUAUUUAGUCAAUGUGUCAAGUAUUUUGCAAAGUCUAGUUUGUGCAGAGGUCAAGGAUCAAGAGAUUUGUGCAAAUUGGCUCACGGCUAACUUUGUGCUAAGUCAUGGUCCAAUAGCAAUGGCUAUCCUGGCUUGGCAGAAUUGCUUAGUUUUCCAUUCUAUGGAUAAGAUGACCAGUUUCUUCAUACACAUCAUGCCGGUUCUUUUAAACUAUUUACUGAGGUGGAACAUAAUUCCGAACUCUGUUGGAGACGCUGACCUUUCUUUAGGACUCUGCAAUUCAAUGUUUUAUCCUCUAAUCUUCUAUUCACUGUGGCAGGCUUGUUAUCUGUAUGUCCAGUGCACAGUUAUUGACCAUGAUCCGGAGUUAGUGACCAGUCUUAGAUAUCUAACUCAGACUCCGAGAAAUCCCAUGUACAUGUUGGUGAAGGAAGUGUGCGUUGCUCUGGGGGUAUUUGAGAAAGAUGAAGGUUUUGACACGGAAGGAUUGAAAACUAAAUCUAUUUUUGUGAUUGGUCAGUUCAUUUAUAUCUUCGUUUCAAUCAUCCCAGCCUCGCUUAUAUUCCAUUUCAGAGGAUUGAAUACGACGUUUAUUCUGUUUCUGAUCCUGGCAGCAACAUGGCAGGGUGGCUCCUAUUAUGUUUUCCAGUUUACUAAAACAUACAACAAGAAGUUUGAUGACAAGAAGAAAGAAAUGCUCGAUUAAUGGCGAAGUCUCGCACUCCACUAGACGGAAGGUCAAAAUAUAUGCGACAAUACUUAUUCGACUUUGUGACCUUAUCGCUCAUCUAUUUUUUAGUGUUUCCACAAGUGCGAUAAAAACUAUUUUUUUGGUUACACAUUUGUAAUUUCUUCUUCUCAAUAGCUCUUCAAUUAAAGAAGUUAUGGUUAAA